GUAGGGAAGUGUCAGAAAGAUACCCGAGCAUUGCGGCGUUGGAUAGAGCACCCUCCAAUUUUCAGUUUCAAUCUCCAGUUGUCUUUCUUCUGGAAAAGCUACUGAUUUCCACCAAUCUUUAGAUCUCCGUGUAGCGCGUCUGCCCUUGACGAGCUAAUGCUGUCUGUGAAGGAGUGAAUUGAUCCUAGCGUUUGGGAAGCCCCCAACAGUUUUGUGUGUGCUUCCAUCAUGGCGAGUCUUGCAGUGGGGCUCAUCUUGGAGAAGAUUGCAUCGAAGGACAAGGACUUUCGGUACAUGGCCACAUCGGACCUCCUGAACGAGCUGCAGAAAGACACGUUCAAAGCGGACCCGGAGAUAGAAAAGAAAGUGGUGCAGAUUGUUUUGCAACAGCUGGAAGACCAGUCAGGGGACAUUUCUGGACUUGCCGUGAAAUGCCUGGCCCCUCUCGUGAAGAAGGUGAACGAAGCGCGCGUUGUGGACAUGGUCAAACUCCUCAGCGGGAAGCUAACGGUGGCACCAACUGGGAAGGGUGGCAAGGAGCAGGUUCGGGACAUUGCGGGUAUUGCUUUGAAGACAAUCGUGACCGAGGUGCAUGGACCGACAGCAACGGGAGUGGUGGAAACACUCACUCCACUCCUGGUUGACGCAAUUGAAAAGGAUAAUUCGGUGGAAGUCAAGAGCGACGCUUUGGACAUCCUGAGCGAUGUCUUGCAUCGCUUUGGUCACCUGGUCGUUCCGCUGCACGGCAAGAUCCUGGCGGCACUUCUCGUUCAGCUGGCUUCGCCAAAGGCUGGCCUCAGGAAACGAGCCACCACAGCUCUCGCCACUUUGGCCGCUAGCCUCUCUGACGAUCUUCUCCGGCAAGCGACGAAGGCGGUAGUCGAGCAGCUGAAGGACACGUCCCUCAAAGUGGACAUGAUAAGAACGUACAUCCAGACAAUCGGAUCCUUGAGCCGCUCCGUUGGGUAUCGCUUCGGGCCCCACUUGAGCGAGGUUGUACUGCUGCUGAUCACAUACUGCAAGGAGGCCUCCGAGAACGACGACGAGCUGCGCGAGUACAGCCUGCAGGCGCUGGAGAGCUUCGUGCUGCGCUGCCCGCGCGACGUGUCGGAGCACACGGACGCGAUCCUUAACCUAGCACUCGAGUUUCUGAGCUACGACCCGAACUACAGCGAAGACAUGGACGAGGACGAAGAGGAGGGAGAUGAGGAGGAGGAAGAGGAAGAGGACGAGGAGAGCGCAGACGAGUACAGCGAUGAUGAGGACGUGAGCUGGAAGGUGCGGCGGGCAGCUGCAAAGACGCUGUCGGCGGUGAUCACGUCAAGGCCCGAGAUGAUUGCCCUGCUCUAUCAGAAGGCAUGCCCUGAGCUGAUCAACCGCUUCAAGGAGCGGGAAGAGAAUGUAAAGAUUGACCUGUUCAACGCCUUCAGCGACCUUCUUCGACAGACGGGGCUCAUCACAAAGGGCGGGGAACUCACUCCUUCGAGCCCCCUGUACCUCCUCCAACAAGAAGUGCCCAAGCUUGUGCGUUCGCUAAACAAGCAGCUCAAGCACAAGUCUGUCAAGACCAGAGUCGGCGUCUUCUCCGUGCUCCGGGAGCUCGUGGUGGUCCUGCCCAACAGCCUCGCCGACCACUUCGCGUCCCUCGUCCCGGGCAUCAAGCGUGCCCUGGAAGACCGGUCCUCCAACUCCAGCCUCAAGAUCGAAGCGCUCGUGUUCACGCGCCUCGUGCUCUCGUCCCACAGCCCGGAGGUCUUCCAGCCCCACAUCAAGGCCCUCUCAUCGCCUGUCCUGGCAGCAGUCGGGGAGCGGUAUUACAAGGUCACAUCCGAGGCGCUGCGAGUGACUGGCGAGCUAGUGAAGGUCAUUCGGCCAGCCUCUGGCCAGAGCUUCGCCUUCGAGUCGUACGUCCGGCCGAUCUAUGGCGCCGUGGAGAAGCGGCUGACCGCCCAGGACCAGGACCAGGAGGUGAAGGAGUCGGCCAUCAUUGCGACGGGGCUCGUCAUCUCCAUCCUGGGGGAUAAGCUCCAGUCGGAACUGCCCACUAGCCUGAACCUGCUGCUGGACCGCCUCCGGAAUGAGAUUACGCGCCUGACAGCUGUCAAGGCCCUCGAGACCAUCGCCCGCUCGCCCCUCCACGUCGACCUCUCCCCGAUCCUCGCCCCCGCCGUCGCCGAACUCACCUCCUUCCUCCGCAAGGCCAACCGGGCGCUCCGCCUCGCGGCGCUCUCCACGCUCGACGCCCUCGCCACCAACUACAGUGCCCAGUUAGACGCCCCGAGCAUCGAGGCAAUCGUUGGAGAGCUGUCGGGCCUCGUCAGCGAUUCGGACCUGCAGAUGGCUGCGUCUGCGCUGUCGCUGUGCGUCAGCAUGGUCGCGAAGCAGCCGCAGGCGGCGGGCGGCGCCGUGCGGGACAAGGUCCUCCCGCAGACGCUGCUGCUCGUGCGCAGCUCGUUGCUGCAGGGGCAGGCACUCCAGACCCUCCAGGCCUUCUUCGCCGCACUCGUCCAGAGCAACACCGCCAGCUUCGACUCUCUCCUCAGCGCGCUCCUUGCGUCGGCCAAGCCCCAACCCUCCGGCUCGGCAGCCGGUUCUUCUUCCGGCAUCACCGCCCCCUUGGGCUCUCCCACCGGCACUGGCCCGGCCGGCAAGCAAGCAUACCACUCGGUCGCGCAGUGCGUGGCGGUUUUGUGUACGGCUGCCGGGGAUGCCAAAGUGAAAUCGACGGUGGAGACGCUGAUCAAAAAUUUGCGGGACUCGGGGGCGAAGGGCGCAGAGCCGGUGCAGCUGCUGAGCCUGCUGGCGCUGGGCGAGAUCGGGCGGCGGCGGGACCUGAGCAAGCACGCGGACGUGGAGGGGAUUGUCACGAGCGCGUUCGGGUCUCCAAGCGAAGAGAUCAAGGCCGCGGCUUCCUACUCGCUGGGCAACAUCGCGGUCGGCAACCUCCACAAGUACCUGGGCUUCAUCCUUGCGCAAAUUGACGCGCAGCCCAAGCAGCAAUACCUGCUUUUGCACUCGCUCAAGGAGGUGAUUGCCCGGCAGCCCGUCCACGUGUCCCGCCAGGUGGAGCUCCAGUCUGCUGACGUGGACAAGAUCCUGCGGCUGCUCUUCUCCCACUGCGAGAGCGAGGAGGAGGGCGUGCGGAACGUCGUCGCCGAGUGCCUCGGGAAGCUGGCGCUUAUCGAGCCCGCGAGGAUUGUACCGGACCUCCAGGAGCACACCAAGAACCCGUCCGCGUUCACGCGCGCCACCGUCGUGACAGCCCUCAAGUUCACUAUCGUGGAGGGUCCGCAGGCCGUCGAUUCCUUCAUCCAGGCGUCGAUCGCCGAGUUCCUGAGCUUGAUCGAAGAUUCCGACCGCCACGUGCGGCGCGCGACGGUGUCGGCGCUCAGCACGGCAGCGCACAACAAGGCCGGGCUGGUGGCGGAUCACCUCCCGGGGCUGCUGCCCAAGCUGUACGACCUGACGCUGGUUAAGAAAGAGCUCAUCAGGGUGGUCGACCUAGGCCCGUUCAAGCACACAAUCGACGACGGCCUGGAAAUCCGGAAGACGGCCUUCGAGUGCAUGGACACGUUACUCGACGCGUGCCUGGACCGCAUUGACCCGUCGCGCUUCAUCAACCCGUACCUCGUGAGCGGCCUCGGGGAUCACGCUGACGUCAAGAUGCCGUGUCACCUCAUCCUGUCCAAGCUCGCGGUCACAUGUGGGCCGGCGGUUGUCGCAGAGUUGGAUGCGCUGGUGGAGCCUCUGCAAGCAACGGUGACCAAGAAGGUGAAGACGGACGCCGUGAAGCAGGAAGUGGACCGGAACGAGGACAUGAUUCGAAGCGCUCUGAGGGCCAUUCACUCGCUCGCUAAGAUCCCGGAUGCGGAGACGAGCAGCGCUAAGUUUAAGACGUUCCUGAGUGGUGUGGUUCGGACCGGUACUCUAGCGGAGAAGUUUAAUGCUGUGCAGCACGAGAGCGACACGCUAGUGGCAACGGAUGCGAUGGACGCAAGCUGAGGGGAUCCAGUAGCGAACUGAGUCGUAGUGUCGGUACAGGUGUGAAUGUUACCGUGUCGAGCAGUGUUGUAAGGCCGGAAACCGCUUCAUAUACAGUCAAGCCACGCCUUUUUCUGAAUGUCAGUACUGGUGUUCAGAUGAAUGCUGAGAAGGUCAGAGUCAAUUUCCAUGUGGUUGUUCUGUGUCUGGCUCAUG